UCAGUAGGUGCGUCACUGAGUGGGGAGAACCUGUUUGAUGCUCUUAUUGGAACGGAAGAGUGGUGUUUUCCGCAGCUAGGCCGCCUCACCAUUACCCAAGUGCCCUGCUGCACAGGCUCUACAGCCAGAACCUAACAAUGUACAGAGUUUACUAAGCUAGUCGCAUCCAAAACAGUAUCUGAAGCCCUUGCAUUCUUACUAUCCUCGAUUAAAGUUUGGAUGUGUGUCUCUAAUUCUGAGAUUCUCUCUGUCAGCCUGACUAUUUCCCUACAUUUAUGACAUGUAAAUCCCUCGUCACUGACAGAGAGCUAUGCAGAACAUGUAGCAAAUGGAACAGGUAACAAUGCUAGGAGAGGAUGACAUGACUCACCGCGUUUGUAGACUGAUCCGAGUUACCACAGCUGUUUGAUGAACGCGUUGAAAAAGGAGCGCACGAGAGACUGAUGACAAGUUAACAAGCUAGCAAGAUGCAAACGCGUUGUAACAGCGAUUUAGAUUCAAAGAUUACGAGCUAGUGACGUCAGAUUAAUGUGGUAGGCAAUAUUAUAUAUAAGGUAAUGAUAAUAUAAGCAACAAUGAAUAAAAGUAAGAUAAUCAAAACAAAGCUAUACGGAGUUACAGACGCAAACCACUCUGAGCAGCGAGGCAGACAGGAGCAAUCGAACCCAUCUAUUUUGCCAUCUAACUGAACACCUUAUUCCUGGUCCAAUACUUGGUCCAUCUUUCCUUGGAGUUCUGCUUCGGUUCAGACAUCAUACCGUUGUUGUAAGCGGAGAUGUGAAAGGUAUGUUUCACCAUGUUCGCCAACUGCCAGAUGACAAGGCGAUCUUGCGCUUCCUCUGGAGAAACAUGCAAAGGACUGAGCAGCCAAAGAUCUAUGAGUGGCAAGUGCUACCGUUCGGCAUGAUGUGCAGUCCUUGUUGUGCUAUAUAUGCACUGCAACAAGUAGCCCAUGAAAACAGCAAAAUCGAUCCUAUUCUAGUCGAAUCUAGUUCGAUCUUUGCCAGUGGGCGAGCAACAAACCAGAAGUCAUUGAGCACCUUCCAUCAGAAGCAAGGUCACAAAGCAGUGAGCCAUGGUUAUCCCAAACGAGUCCAGAUAUUUUAGAGGGAACACUUGGAUUGAGAUGGAACUGUCUCAGUGAUUUCUUAGGAUACAAACCUUGCCAGGUGGAAUGUCUCAAACCAACCUUGAGAAUAAUCAACAAGGUAUUGGCAUCACAGUAUGACCCUCUCUGUUUCCUGAUUCCAUUCACCACCUAAGCCAAGAUACUCAUUCAGGAUCUGUGGAAAAAUCAUGUGGAAUGGGAUGAACUCAUUGAGUCUGACAGCCUACAAAAUAGAUGGGAAACCUGGGAACUACCUGAUUUGGAGCAUCUAGAGGUUCCCAGAUGCUACACUCCAUCUCAGAUGAUGGGGCAUGUACCAGAGACCUACAUGUUUUCUGUGAUGCCUCCAAUAGAGCCUACGGCUCAGUAUUAUAUAUGCUAACAGAAGACAAAGAUGGUCAUGUACAAAUUUCAUUUGUGCUGGCUCGUUCACAUGUAGCACCCAGGAAACAAAUGUCGAUGUCACGACUUGAACUGAAUGCAGCACUUACUGGAGCACAAAUAGCAAAAGUCCUCCAAACAGAACUCACAGUCGCCAUCAGGCAAGUCACUCUCUGGUCAGAUUCCACCACUGUCCUUUGCUGGCUGUUGUCUGACUCCUGCAGGUAUAAGGUCUUUGUAGGAACUCGAGUUGCUGAAAUUCAGUCCCUCACAGACAUUAGUUUCUGGAGGUAUGUGGAUUCAGGGAAUAACCUAGCAGACGACAUAAUGCAUGGAAAAUCCUUAAAGGAGUUGAUACAAUCAUGCCGUUGGGCUAAUGGACCAGACUUCUUGUAUUCUUGUAAAUAAUACUAAUAAAGCCUCCUGGCCAACCAUGCUGGCUGUUGACCCUGAACCAGAUACUGAAUUAAAGAAGUCAGCACUCUGCCUGCACCUGUGUACCAGUCCUGAUUUACAACCUCCAGAUGCAAUUCAGUAUAACACCUGGAAGGACUUGGUAAAGGUCACAGUGGCGUGCUUACACGGGGCGACUCAAUCUCCCGCGUAAAUGGAUGAAGCCAAGCAUUAUGUUACAGCAGAGAAGCUCCUCCUCCAACAAGACCGAAGAGAUUCCUUUCCAGAGGAGGUUAAGGCUCUCUCAGCAAACCGACCCUUACCAUCUAAUAGCCAGUUCAUGUCCCUGUCUCCUGAAUAUGAUGAUGAAUAUGACGUCAUGCUGAACAUAUAGACAUGAAUGCUCUACAUCCUAUAGUUCUAUAGUUCUCCAUCAACAUCUAACUAAACAUCUUAUUAAGGAAUAUGAUGAGUGUUUGCAGAGCUCUGACGUCACUAUUGGCUUUUGCGAGGCAGAGCGGCCAUCAAAAAACAGAUCUCUCACCACCUCGUCUUAGGCUUUAUAAGCCCCCCUUCUAUUCCACUGGAAUGGACUGUUUUGACCCAUUUACAGUAAAAAUAGGACGACGGACUGAAAAGAGAUGGGGAAUGGCAUUCAAAUAUAUGACCACCCGAUGCCUCCAUCUAGACCUACUUGAAAGUCUCGACACUGAUGCCUUCUAAUGUCUUUAUAGAGAUUUAUAGCUAGAAGAGGCAAGCCUUUUGAGCUCUUCUCUGAUAAUGGUACCAAUAUUGUUGGAGGGAACAGAGACAUUAAAGAGGCAUAUGAAGCUAUGGCACCUCAAUUAAAGGAGCAAUUAGCUGAACAGAAAAUCUCUUUCAGAUUCAUUCCUCCCAGUGCUCUGCAUUUUGGUGGCAUUUGGAAGAGGGAAGAAAAAUCAGUAAAAAACAAUCCUUGAAAGUCAUUCUGAAGGAACAGACAGUCCCUGAGACGGUCCUCUGCACUGUUCUCAUUGAAGUGGAGGGCAUCAUGAAUGCUAAGCCUUUAGCACUAGAAGUCCCAGAGAUUUGUAACCCUCCUUUAGCCAAGUGGAUGCUAACUGGCUAGUCUUUUGGCUAUCAUUAGCAUCAAUUCAUGUGUAAAUAUGGUAUAAUAUUACCUGAGCAAUCUGCAGGGGGGUUGGGGGUGUGUGUGUGAAUGGUUGCUGGUGGCUUGUUUGUAUGUGUGGGGGAGGGAGGGCUGCUAAAAGCAGAGAACUUGAAUGACCAUGUCUCACAUUGGCAUGUAGGGUCUUGCCCAGGUGUAAACAGGUAUGAAUUAGCACAUCUAAUUGCAUGCAGCUUGCUCUCAAAUGAGAGGUAAUUCCUUUUGUGCUGAGGUGGAUAAAAUCUCACUGCACAUAGCCUACUACUUCAGUGCCCUCAAGAAUUCUGUGGUGUACAAACCUCCUCUCCAAGAAAAGAAAAUGCAGAGAAGACUCACCACUCGGCAGGCCUUGGAAAUGAUCCUGAGUGAAGUAAACCCUUGUGACUCAGAUGGAGAAGACAUAGAACUUCAGCCGGAUUCGGACUCAGAGCUGUCUGAUCUGUCUUCAGAUGAGGAGACUGCUCCUCAACCAAAAAAGAGAGCCCGUUUGGGGACUGACCUGACAGAGACAGCGAAAGAUGGCACAGUGUGGCGUGAAGAACAGGUGGGGACGCGUCUCCCUUUCACCCCAAUCAAAGCGUACGCUGCAGAUGGAGAGCCAACGGCUAAGGCCAGGAAAAGUAUCUUGAGUCGCCUUCAGAGCUUCCUGUGUUUCAUCACUCUUGACAUGCUUCAUAGCAUUCAAGAAUGGACUAUUCAACAUGCACAGGAAACGGAGCAUGUUCAUUGGUUCAUGGCCCUCCCUGAACUAAUGGCAUUUAUUGCAAUUGUCAUCUUGCGGGGGCUUACCAAGGUUCCAUCACUACGUGACUGCUGGUCAGCAAACCUGGGAAACCCACAUAUCAUUGGAACAAUGCCGCGAAACCGCUUCCAAGACAUCAUGCGACACCUACGCUUUGAUGACAGGUCCACCCGGAGUGAUCGAGCAAAGACUGAUAAGUUUGCUGCAAUUUCCAGUGUGUGGGGAUCAUUUGUCACCAAUUGCAUCACGUCCUACAACCCUGGUCUACAUAUCACCGUUGAUGAACAGCUUUUCCCGUCAAAGACUCGCUGCUGUUUCCUGCAGUAUAUUGCAACUAAACCUGACAAGUUUGGGAUCAAGUUUUGGGUGGCUUGCGACCUAAAAUCCAAGUGCAUUUGUAAUGUCCUCCCAUAUCUUGACAAGGACCCUAGUCGUCCCAGUGGAGAGAGACUGUCUGAAAAUGUAGUGAUGAGGCUGAUGGAACCAUUCCUAGACAAGGGCAGAAAUGUUACCACGGACAAUUUCUUCACAUCGCUGUCACUUGCGCAUAAACUUCUUUGCCGGAAAACCACCAUCCUCGGCACAGUCAACAAGAUUCGCCGGGAAAUCCCUCAAUCCGCUAGACACACAGAUCGCAAUGAAUUCACCACUCAGGUGUUUUCAACCACUGCUGCUACGCUGACGGCGUAUGCGCCCAAACGGAAGAAGACCGUCUACAUUCUUAGCAGCAUGCAGGCAUGAUUCAGACUGAUAAUACCACCAAAAGGAAGCCAAACACGGUCACCCUUUACAACACCACAAAGUGCGGCGUGGAUGUGAUGGACCAGAUGGUGCGGGAGUACACUGUCCGCACAGGGACACGGCGCUGGCCAGUUGCCGUGUUCUAUAACAUGAUUGACAUGGCAGCACUGAAUGCACAUGUGCUGUAUCAAGCAUGCACCAGAAGGCAGGAAAGACGGGUGGACUUCCUGGUGGAGCUUGCAAGAGAGUUGGCUAACUCUCAUAUGUGUGCGAAGAAGGCAAGAAAGGAACAAUUGCUUCGGACACAACCCUCCACACCUAGCCCUUUAAAAAGAGCCAUGUGUCAGGUCGAACACCAAUGCAAGAACAAUCAUGCCACUGUGCGAUGUGUUCACUGCUACAGAUACACUUGUGGUAAAUGCAGACGGGAGAUACCAUGGCAGUGCCAGGAUUGUGAGUGAUUGCUGGAAUGUACUCACUCACUUUUUAAUAUUAUUUGUAAAUAUGUGUACAAAUGGUUGGUUUCUUUAUUUUAUUUUGUACUAUUUUUAUCAAUAAAUCUCAGCAACAAAGGAAAAAAAAAACAUGUGUGUUGAUUUCUCCCUAAGAUGGCAAAGUGAAACAAGUUUCCUUGAAGUGGCUCAGCAUGGCCCCACAUUGUUUACAUAACAAAAGCAACUGUUCACAGCUGAUUAAGGAUAAUUAGCCUAAAGCCUUCCAGCCCAUCGGCUGUCCUGCGGGUUUUAUAGGUAGAAAAGCCAAAUGGCUGCUCUCUGGGACUUCUAGUGUUAGGCUAUGUUUCAUCCUAUAUCAUAGACCCAGACCCAAUCACAUCUAACAUCCUGCUCAUGGGUCACCAUGACUCCUCUCUCCCACAAGUAAUGUAUGACUCUAGCAACCUUUUGGGAACCAGGAGGUGGAGGCAUAGUCAAAUACUUGCAGACCAAUCCUGGGCUAGAUUUAUUAAUCACUACCUGCCAAGUCUACAGGAAAGACAAAAAUGGCAAAGGGACAGUGACAAACUCAGGAUUGUCCAGGUAGUGGUCAUCAUGAGCCCUAUGGCCAGUGGGCAAGGUGACCCGUAUCUUUCCUGGACCAAAAGGACGAAUAAGGACAGUUGCAGUUCAGGUUCAAGAUCGAACUUAUGUUAGACCAGUGGCCCAGUUGAUCCUACUUCCCAAGCUUGUGGACGACAACUCCAAUCCUGCCCCUAAGGUAGGGCUUCCCACCAUGUUCAAAUGUUCAGAGUAACAUCUGGGGCGGCUAUGUAUGAAAGCCCAACGAUGCCCCCCUAGAGGUAUCUUUAUGUAUAUAUUUUUUAUUAUUAUUAUAUAUUAUUUAUUAUUGGGCAAGUCAAGACAAGUAUGCAUCAGUAGGCUUAUAUCAGUGGGAAAACUGACUUGUUCUUUGUGCCAGAUAUUGGAAUUCUGCAUGUUUGUUGUUCCUGUGAGUGAAUGAUUAAGUAGUAAGUUAUCGUUUUACAUUCUAAGCUGUUCAACUUAGAUAUUUUGUACACUCUGUUAUUGUCAUUAGUGAACUGUACUAGUUCAAAUAAUGAUCGGUAUAUUUUCAUAAUCUGAAGCUGUGGUUUACUGAUGGUACCUGUUUGACACUUCAUAAUUUAUUUACUGUUACUACUACUGUAAUAAGGUUAAUUGUCUUUGUUAUUUGUAAUACUGCUUAUAUCUGUAAAUUUAUAUUAUAUUUUGUUUUCUUUGCUCAUUGUAGACCACACAUACACCUAUGGGCAAAUACUUCAUACAUGCAGCUAUAAUACAAAUAAAAUCCUUCAAAUGGGACCUGCUCUCUUGCUUCAGUUUCUCUAACCGGUGCUUACCGAACCCUUUGAGCAUCCCUUAAGCUCGCACAUUAUGAUAAACAUAACAAAUAUUUGUCAAUGUAUUUUAGCAAGCAGUUCUGUAAGAAGGAAAAUCAUGGUCUCUAAAUUGAUUCAUGAACAACGUACACGCUUUGUCAACAUGAGAAAUAGGUCUACUCCAUAAUCUUUUGCAAUACAGAGUAUAAAGUUGUAUAAAGUUUAGUAAAAAGUUGAUAAAUUGUGCAGUCUUACCAUACUAGUAUGCCAGAUUUCAAUAUUUGGUAUAGUGUUGUCAAAAGUACUGGUGCUUCGGUACCAAGUCGGUACUGAAAUUUUGAAAAUGUGACGAUACCCGCAUUUC